AGACCUCUCAAGGCGGUGAAUGGCUGCCGGCGAAACUUGCCGUUCGGAAUAGUGAGUCACGUGAGCGGACAGCCGGGGAGCAGCCGGGAGUAUCGUUCCACUCGACUUGCUCGCACCUCCGCCCGUUGAUAUCAGUAGGAUUGUCUCGACCGUCGUGCUUCUCUGCCUCAUUCAAAGUGGGUGAAACCCAUUGUUUUCCAUAUCCCAUCCAGUCAAUUGCCUCUAACCCAGCUCAAGAUGUACGCUGCUACCGCCCUCCGCGCCAGAAUGGCCACCUCCUUCGUUGCCCGUCGUGGCUUUUCCACCACCCGCGCUCAGCUCGGUAGCCCUUACCACUACGCCGAGGGCCCUCGCUCCAACAUUCCCUUCAACCCCCUGACCAAGUACUUCUUCUGGAGAUACUGGGCUUUCAUGGUCACCGGUUUCGGUGCCCCCUUCGCCAUUGCUGGUAUGUUACCAUUCGUCUUGCGGCAGUUUACGUUCGUCUAUCUAACAUAUCUAUUCCUACAGUCUGGCAGACCUACAAGACCCGCUAAACGCUCUCUCGUGCUGUAUUUCCACAUGCAAUGGCAUUGUUGGGCAUUGGCGGCUGGUCGAAAAUGUAUCCUACGUUGGAAGCGCUCGGAAUUUGUGUAUAAAGCUAGAGAAUUUAUUAUGCUCUGAUUCAGGAAAUUCCUGGGGUGAAAUUCACACCAAAAACAUUUGUAGUUGGGGGACGAAGUGCGGUGUGGUAUUGGUUGUCUGAUGCCUUAUUAGAAUAUGGAUGAAGUCAUUGGUCGAUUUUUUGUCAGUAGGAAAAUUAAAAUCUUUGGCUCGGCUUCUGAUAUGAUA